AUGCGCACUUCGACAUUGUCAUUCUGUCCCGCUCGGUAUGUUCGGGAUCCUGGUCGUCGAGCGCAUACUCAUCUUCGCCAGGUGCAGAAACACAAUUCGAGCAAGGUUCGCAAUGUACAAAUUAAGUACGACGAUAUUGCUUCAAUGACACAGGAGCUGGAGCGACACAACAUCCACACCAUAAUCUCCGCCAUUGGCCUUGUUUCGGACGAGACCUGUCGGUCUCAGCUGAACUUGAUCGAAGCCGCGGAGAGGUCGACGUCGACGAAGCGGUUCAUUCCCAGCGAAUACUCAUUUGUCCAAACAGCCAAUCUACUUUCCAUUGACCCCAGUAUCCAAUGGUGGCUCGAUGCGGCCGAUCGUCUCAAGGCGAGCAGUCUGCAAUAUACAAGGGUGAUCCCUGGCUUUUUUAUGGACUAUUGGGGAAUGCCGCAUGUUCAAACUCAUCUGCAACCAUUCACCUUCGGGAUUGACAUCUCGAGCGGCACGGCCGCUAUCCCGGGGGAUGGCAACAACGUGAUCUGCAUGACAUAUACAUACGAUCUGGCCACGUAUCUAGUCAAAGCCCUGGGUCUUGACGAAUGGCCGGAGUUUAGCGUCAUCGUCGGCGAUGAGGUUACCUACAACCAAAUCCUUGGCAUGGCUGAGGAGUUUACUGGGAAAAAAUUUACAGUCACAUACGACAGCUUGGAGCAAAUCCAAGCGGGGGAUGUCACUGUACCUACGCAGCCAGAGGGCGUGGAUUCCUCUUCAGAUGAACUCAAGGAGGUCACUGCGCUAGUGAGUAGACUGACGGUCAACAAUGUGUUCGACCUGCCGAAAGAUCGUCUAAACGAUCGAUUUCCAGAGGUGAAGCCGCUCACCGUGAGAGAGUUCCUACACAAUGCCUGGAACCAAAAGAAUGUAUGA